GCGAGCCUUUUCGGAAUCCGGAAAUGAUGAAAAAUGUUUCAGAGGGAGAAGACAAACUUUGCUUGUGAACUGGCGAACGAGAGAAUGGAGAGUAGGGAGUGAUAUUGAAAGAUUCGCGACGACAGCGGGGUAGCCCCCGGAAUGAAGGAUUUCUGAGGAAAGAAAUCAAUAAUCAAGAGUGAUUUGAUCCCGCAGAAGUAUUAAGAGCUAAUCAACGCAGCCAUAAUGGAGUUCCACUGAGCAAAAGAGAUGGAAAUGACUCAAACUUGAACUACCAGAGGAGUUCUAGCGAUGUUUGAAAGCGUCAGCUCCUGUUUGUCAGUGUCGCAGGGUGAUCCUCGCCCGAGCCUUUUUCCUCUAUCGCGUGUCACGGGUGGCGACUGAAGAGAAGCGGCCCAUGUCCCAGAAGACGGUUUUGUCUCCAGAAGGGCCUGUCGGGCCCGGCAGCGAAACUCCACAGGAGAGAAGCCAGCUCCUUUCAGACUCUCAUGAUGUGUGUGAUAAUCCCCGUGAUUCAUCGCCCCCAGAGGAGGAAGUGGCCGGCGGCCCUGGCGAGUCGCAGUCUGAGGGGCGUGGCUCCGCGCGGGGGGGAAACUCCUCCAACAGCCACCUCGUGAGAACUCAACCUCAGCGGCUUCCUCACCCCACUGCCUCCGUGGAGCCCGGCGGCGGCGACGGGGGUGCGGGCCAGAGCCAAAAUGGCCGCCGCGCGGCUCUGAGCAACGGGGCCGCGCCUGAGCCCCGGAGGCAGUCCUCUUCUACGGUGUCCCACAAGGUCCAGCGCAAGCUGCAGUCCAGCCUGUCUGUGCACAGCGACGGCAGCAGGAGGAGCAAGGGCAGCUCUGGAUCCUCCCACAAACCCGGCUCCUCCCCCGAAGACUGCUGCGUGCACUGCAUCCUGGCGUGCCUGUUCUGCGAGUUCCUGGCGCUGUGCAACAUGGCGGUGUCCCAGGCGUCCUGCGGGGCCUGCAGCCCGGAGGCCUGCUGCUGCUGCUGCGGGGAGGAGCUGGGCGACGACUGCAGCUGCCCCUGCGACCUGGACUGCGGCGUCAUGGACGCGUGCUGCGAGUCCUCCGACUGCCUGGAGAUCUGCAUGGAGUGCUGCGGGAUCUGCUUCCCCACAUAGGGC